ACGGCAAUGUGCCCGUUUUACGUACAUCUUUUGCGUGCGUAUUACCCAAGUAACCUUCCAAUAAUUUAGUUAUUGAGGUUAUUAGGAGGUUAAUAGGAUAUUAAGCUCACUGAGAUCACAAAAACUUCUCAAUAAUCUAACAAUAUAUUCCCCUAAUUAUUUAUCUUGAAAUUCGAGGAUUUUCUGAAUUUUUCUACGGCAAUAGAGAUUGAAGCAUGCCGCUCGACAUCCGCAACUUUCCGUCCCCUUCCGUCGCCACCAUCACUGCAGCUGCAGCCGCCGUCUCUGCCGCAAUAUUUAUCUUCCGCCGCCAACCACGUUUUUCUUUCACCUCUUCAUCUUUAAGCAACUGUUCCAUCAUGGAAGACCGCCACCCUGUCACCAUCCUCGUCCUCUUUGCAAAAUCUCCUCAUGAAGACCAAAUUGCCCGAUCAACACAGGCCAAGAGGGAGACCCUUAAGCUCUUCGACGAAGACGAUGGUCAAGAAGAAAUUAGGGUUCUUCUCCAGUCCGAAAUAGACUCAAUCGAUCCUCCCACCUUCCGUGCCGAGCGCUACAUGGACGCACUUGAUACGAACAGCUUCGGACGUUUUCUAAUUUGGUCCCCACGACUCCCUUCCACCCACGAUGUUGUUUCUAAGAAUUUCUGUGACUUUCCAGUAGGCACAGCUUGUAUUAGUGAUGUCCAGUACAAAGGCAGAGGACGGUCAAAGAAUGUGUGGGAAUCUCCAGCUGGCUGCCUUAUGUUCUCUUUCACUUUACAGAUGGAAGAUGGGCGUAAAGUGCCUCUUCUGCAGUAUAUUGUCUCUCUAGCAGUAACUGAGGCGAUUAAACAGUCCUGUCAAGCUAAAGGACUACCUCAAAUUGAUGUAAGAAUAAAGUGGCCUAAUGAUCUUUAUCUAAAUGGCCUUAAAGUGGGUGGUAUUCUUUGCUCCUCCACUUAUUCAUCGAAUAAGUUCAAAGUUAGUGCUGGUGUUGGAUUAAACUUGGAUAAUGAUAAACCAACAACAUCCUUAAAUGCUACACUCCAAGAGAUGACUGCUGUUUCCCAUCAACUUGCCAGGGAGGAUAUACUUGCAGCUUUUUUCAAUAAUUUUGAAAAGCUUUUUGAAGCUUUCUUGCAUCAAGGCUUUCAAGUUCUUGAGGAGCUAUACUAUAGGACCUGGCUUCAUAGUGAUCAAAAAGUUGUCAUAGAGGAAAAGCAGGAGGAACAAAUAGUAAAUGUAGUGGUGACUAUAAAGGGUUUGACUUCUUCAGGAUACUUAUUGGCUAUGGAUGAGGAGCAGAGAUAUUUUGAGCUCCAUCCUGAUGGAAAUAGCUUUGACUUCUUCAAGGGAUUGGUUAGGAGGAAGUUGGACUGAGGUAAACCUUGAACAAAGUAUGUUUUGACAUUGAGAAACUAUUCAAAAGAUCCAUAAAUCGAGAAAAUAAAAUGCACAUAGAUGGAUGAGGGAAGUUAGUUGGUGAAGAAUGAUAGCUAUAUUUUAUGUUGGUGUUUAGAGGUCCGACAACAUAUAUUUAUAUUUUGGGCUUCUGGUUUACAUGGUUCUGUUGAGAUUUCAGAGUUGGCAUCACAUUAAGGUUUUCUUUGUAAUGUUUUUUCUCUAAUGUAUUAAAAUUUUAAUAUAUAGAAAUUGGGGGUAAGUAGUAUACUUAGUGGAUAUCAA